AUGAGACCGUCGGAGUUUGCGCCGCACCUCAACGCGGGCUCCAUGACACUGCAUGCCGUGACGCUGGGCACCCGCGGGGAAUGCAUCGCUUCGACUUCGUCGUCCUCGUCGACCUCUUCCGGGGACGACGCGCGACGAUGGUCCGUCCGCGGUUCGUCGACGGACACGAUCGGCCGGGCGCGCGCGCCUUCGGGAAAGCCUCGCGCGACGCACGGGUCAGCGCGGCGUCGACGUUCUCUUCUCGAGGAGAGCGACCGCGCGCUGGAGAUAUCGCGCCAUCCGAGGACCGGAUCGUUCCGCGCGCGAUGCGUCUCCGCCUCGUCCGCUUCCGACGACAGAGUCGACGCCGCGGGCAGGCGCGGGUACGACGAGUACGGCAGGGUACCCAAGGAGCAGUUCCGCGCCGACGUCAUCGCCAACUUUCCGAAGUUCAUCCUCGCCAGCGCGGGGCUCAUCGCCAGCGCGGUCGCCAUCGAUCUGUUCAGGUUUUCCAGGUUGAUGAGACGCGGGGGGGCCGAGGCGCGUUGGAACGACCUGGCCUCGGGAGAAAACAGCGGCAAAGAGUCUCUCCUCGGCGGCGAACCCACGGUGAUUUACGACGUGUGCGGCCGCGUCGUCGCCACGCUGUCGUCGCAAUCGGUGCGACUGAGGGACGUCGCGGCUCCCGCGUGGCAAGCCAUCGUCGCGACGGAGGACCACAGAUUCUUCCAACACCGCGGGGUGGACGUCAACGGCCUCGGGCGCGCGGUGGUUUCGUUGGGCAGGCUCGGGGGCGGGUCGACCAUCACGCAGCAGCUGAUAAAGAACAUGGUGCUCUCGAACGACCGGACGGUGACGCGCAAGCUCGCGGAGAUUCUCCUGUCGCUCGAGUUGGAGAAGCGCCUGAGCAAGGAACGCACGCUGGAGGCGUACGUCAACAACGUGUACUGGGGACACGGCGCGUUCGGAAUAGCCGCGGCGUCGGCGGCGUACUUCGGCAAGACCCCGGCGCAGCUGGACAUCGGCGAGGCGUCGCUGCUCGCCGCGCUGUUACCCUGCCCCGAGGCGCUGAGCCCUUACGCCAACCCCGUCGGGGCGCUGAGGGCUCGCAAGCAGGCGCUGGCGCGGAUGGCCAGACACGGGUACCUGUCAGACGACGAGGCUAAGGAGUGGGGCGACGCGCCGUUGCCGCGAACGUUGGAGCUGAGGAAACCCACCGAACUGCAGAGAAGCACGGGGUUGGAGGGAAUCGACGAUUUCGCCGACGUUUACGCCACGCACAGGCGCAGUUUGGGGCGGGCGGGCAUACGUACGGGCACGGGCCCAUUCCCAGCCGAUUCCCUUAACCGCGGCAAGUCUGCCCCGUACCGGGCUCCGUUCUUCGUCUCCGAGGCGCUCUCCGAGCUCGCGGACCUCCUCGAGGGACGCGAGGACGUGCUCGCCAGGGGCGGCCUCAAGGUUCACACGACCCUCGACCUGGACCUGCAGGAAAAGGCUGAGCAGCUCGUGCUCGAGGACGGGCUCACGACGAUUCGCGGCGUCGACAAGGGCGAAGCCGCGCUCGUCGCCGUGGACCCCGCCAACGGAGGCGUCCGGGUGCUCAUCGGGAGCAGGGACUACGGGGCGUCGGCGCACAACCGCGCGGUGAGGGCGCGACGGUGCGUCGGGUCCGCGUUCAGGCCGUUCGUGUACCUCGCGGCCCUUCAGUCCGGCGCGGUGACCCCCUCGACUUUGCUCAUAGACGAGGCGCACGCGUUCGAGGUUGAUGAUACCCCCGGCGAUGGGUCACACGAUUCACGCGACGAGUCACGCGACGAGUCACACCCGGCCGGGCGUCGCGCGCGUACGUACACGCCGCCCGCGAACGGUGACGGGCGCGGACACAGGGGCGUCGUGAACGUGCGCGAGUGCCUGGUGGACUCGUUGAACGUCCCGACGGUCAAGGUGGCGCAGAUGGUCGGCGUCGACGCGGUGGCGGCUACGGCCAAGGCGUGCGGGAUCAACUCGCCGAUGAAACCAAUCGGCCCGGGACUUUCGAUGUCCGUGGGAGCCCCCGGGUCGGACGUGACGCCGUGCGAGCUGGCGUCGGCGUACGCCACGAUCGCCGCGCGGGGGAUGUACAGCGCGCCGCACCUCAUCUCCGAGGUCAAGGACGCGGACGGUAAGCUCGUGUACAAACGUAAAGGGGUGACGCGCGCGGCGGCGGGAAAGGACGCGACGGGGAAGCUCGGCGGCUUGCUCCGCGACGCCCUCGCGACGAACGGGUUCGUGACCGGCGUGACCGGCGCCCCGGGGGUCCUCGCGGGGGUGGCGGGCACGAGCGACGGGGCGACGGACGCUUGGUUCGCCGGGUACGCGCCGGGUUUGGCGUGCGUGGCGUGGUGCGGGCGGGACGACGGGACCGAGCUGCCCGGCGGCGGCGAAGCGUUGGCGGCGCCGCUGUGGGGACGGUUCAUGCGGGCGGCGGGGGCGAGGGGGGCGACGGGGGAGAGGGACGGGCGGGAGGGGAGGCGGAGGAGGAGGAGGAGGAGGAGGACGGAUAAGCGGAGGGGCGAGGCGACGGUUUGA